AUGGCAAAGAAGAAGUGUGUCACACGAAAAUCCAACAUUGAAGUACUUAGUGGGCUAUGUCCGAGAGCUGACGUACGGCCAGAAGAACCGCCGCGGGCAGACUUCCCACCAGCGGAGCAGAGGGCUGAGUCUGAGAUUUUGCCUUACUACGUCAGCGACCAGCCGCAGGCGCUGGCGUCCGUCUGUUAA